CUUUGAAAUCUGAGAAGAGAGCCCACCAAGUUAAGGACCCUUACCAUGGGAGCACCUGCUGGUUCUAUCACAAUGAAGCAGCUGGUUUGUGUGCUGUUUGUGUGCUCCUCUGCGGUGACACAGUUGCAUAAAGAUCCCACCCUGGAUCACCACUGGAAUCUCUGGAAGAAAACCUACGGCAAACAAUAUAAAGAAAAGAAUGAAGAAGCAGUACGACGUCUCAUCUGGGAGAAGAAUCUAAAGUUUGUGAUGCUUCACAACCUGGAGCAUUCAAUGGGAAUGCACUCAUAUGAUCUGGGCAUGAACCACCUGGGAGACAUGACCAGUGAAGAAGUGAUGUCUUUGAUGAGUUCCCUGAGAGUUCCCAACCAGUGGCAGAGAAAUAUCACAUAUAAGUCAAACCCUAAUCAGAUGUUGCCUGAUUCUGUGGACUGGAGAGAAAAGGGGUGUGUUACUGAAGUGAAAUAUCAAGGUUCUUGUGGUGCUUGCUGGGCUUUCAGUGCUGUGGGGGCCCUGGAAGCACAGCUGAAGCUGAAAACAGGAAAGCUGGUGUCUCUCAGUGCCCAGAACCUGGUGGAUUGCUCUGAAAAAUAUGGAAACAAAGGUUGCAAUGGUGGCUUCAUGACAGAGGCUUUCCAGUACAUCAUUGAUAACAAAGGCAUUGACUCAGAAGCUUCCUAUCCCUACAAAGCCACGGAUCAGAAAUGUCAGUAUGACUCAAAAUAUCGUGCUGCCACAUGUUCAAAGUACACUGAACUUCCGUAUGGCAGAGAAGAUGUCCUGAAAGAAGCUGUGGCCAAUAAAGGCCCAGUGUGUGUUGGAGUAGAUGCAAGUCAUCCUUCCUUCUUCCUCUACAGAAGUGGUGUCUACUAUGACCCAGCCUGUACUCAGAAGGUGAAUCAUGGUGUACUUGUGAUUGGCUAUGGUGACCUUAAUGGGAAAGAAUACUGGCUUGUGAAAAACAGCUGGGGCAGCAACUUUGGUGAACAAGGAUAUAUUCGGAUGGCAAGAAAUAAAGGAAACCACUGUGGGAUUGCUAGUUACCCCUCUUACCCAGAAAUCUAGAGGAUCUCUUCGUUUUAUAACAAAUCAAGAAAUGUGAAGCACUUUCUCUUAAUUUUUCCUGCUGUAUCCAGAAUAAAU